AUGAUGCAAACAUUUGAGAUGACAGAUUUGGGUUUGCUACAUUAUUUCCUUGAGAUAGAAAUUAAGGAAAAGAUGGUGUUCAUUUCUCAAAGAAAAUAUGUUGCGGACCUUCUCAAGAGAUUUAACAUGUUAAGUUGCAAGAUGGCUGCUACUCCAAUGGAUAUUAAUGAGAAAUUACAGUUGGAAGAUGGUACAGAGAAAAUAGAUGCAAAAGCCUUCAGAAGUCUGAUUGGUGGUCUCAUUUAUUUAUCUCAUACUUUUUGUGAUAACAGGUCCUCUAUUUAUCAGAACAUGAAAGUUGGUAUUCUCAAGCCCUCCAGUUUUAGUACUAGAGAUUAUGGAAUUUGUCUUGGUUCAGGUGCCAUUACAUGGAGUUCGAAAAAACAAGUUGUGAUAGCACUUUCUUCUUCAGAGGCAGAAUAUGUUGCUGCCACUUCUUCAGCAUGCCAAGUGAUAUGA